CGAACCUUGCAUAACCAGCUUGAAAUAGACGGUAGAUGGUUGGUUAUUUUAUCCAGCAAAACAACACGCUCAGUCAGUUUGAAAUCCACGAGCUUGGUAGACGCGUGUUGUACAAGAACACUUUCGUUUUUUAUCUCGCUAGUGACUAACAGAGAGUACAGACAUGCCAUCUGGUAGCGAUAAUGAUAAUGAGGUCAAGUCACAACUCGACCUUGGCGAUCCACCACAACACGUUUUGGAUUGGGCUAAGGAAAAUAUCAGGGAAAAUCCUGAAACACGAGAUCAAGUUAUACAAGAAUUCAGGGACAUGAUAUUUGAAAGAGGUGAUUGUACGCCUCACAGAACAGAUGAUGAGUACCUUCUUCGAUUUUUGCGAUGCCGCAAUUUCAGCUUGGAAGGAGCUCACAAACUGUUAUGCAAUUACUAUGAAUUCAAGGAUAACAACCCAGAUUUCUUUGAGGGAAUAUCACUAGAAAAUCUCGAAAUAUUGGGCCAUGAUGAAAUAAUAACAGUGCCACCUUACAGAGAACAGACAGGCAGGAGGAUUUUGCUGUAUAGAAUGGGUAAUUGGGACCCUGAGAAAGUUACAAUUAAUGAACUGUUUCAAGCAAGUCUGGUAAUAAUGGAGGUUGGAGCGUUGGAACCAAUGAACCAGAUACUUGGAGGAAUUUGUAUUUGGGAUCUUGAGGGAGUUUCUCUAGGUCAGGCUUGGUACUUAACACCCAGCAUCGCGUACAAGAUGAUGGAAAUAAUGACGUCAGCUUUCCCGAUGAAAAUCCACGCCUUUCACAUCGUCAAUCAGAAUUGGCUGUUCGACAUGGGGUAUAAUAUUUUCAAGCCCUUCAUAACCAGUGACAAAAUGUUGGAAAGGUUGCAUAUUCACGGAAGGAAUUAUGAAGAAUUACACAAACACAUCGACCCAAAAUACUUACCAAAAAAGUAUGGUGGUGAACUGGAAGAAUACAACAGUUUUUACGACUGGUACGUAACUGUAAGGAAGGAAGUCAAAGUGUUGAGGGAACUGAAAAGUCUAGGAUAUUCUGAUGAGGUUGAAGAAGCCAAACUUGAUGAAGAGACCAGGAAAGCUAUUAAUGUUCCAUUUCACUAGAUGCAGACUUAUGUAUUUUUAUUAAUCCUAAUAUGUUUAAGACUGUACCUGUUAUUGUGAUUUCAAUUAAUAAUUUUUUUAAAGUUUGACUACCUGUGGUGAUUAAGUUUUUUUUUAUCAAGUAUUAAAUUUAUUUGAGAAGUACAAAUAA